AUGCAACAGACCAAAGGUUCCUGGCAAGAUUUCCCAGAUGAAUCAAAUGAAGAAACGCUUUCUCUUUGUGAUAUUGUGAUGAACAAUGACAAUUCAAAUGAGUUAUGGAACGACGAUGAUUUCUUAAAGCAAGAGGAAACCGGCGAUUUGUUUGAGUUCUUCAGUGAAGAUUUUCCUGCUUCAGCCUCAAAUUUCCCGGAAAACAACCACGAAAACGACAGAAUCAUUUUUUGUGGUAAAUUCAUUUCUUACAAAGAAAAUGAAAAUCAACCCAACGUUGGAAGCAAAUCGAAGAGACGAAAAUACAAAAUGGAGCAAGAAAACGAUGAGAAAAUGAAUGAUUUCAGCUGUAGAAAUGCCAGAAAGUGCUGUUUCUUUCCCUGGAAAAUUUCAUCGCCGCCUUCAUUAUUCAACAAGUCAAGAACAUUUCCUUCAUCAAAAUCAUCGAAAGAAUCACAAACGCAGUGUUUCAACAAGUCAUUUUCAAAGCCGGCUUCCGUUUCCAAAAUCGAUUUUCCGGUCAGGAAAGUAUCGACUUUGGCAACUCCGGUUAAAUCAAGGUGGUAUUUGUUUGCAUUUGGAGUUGGAAGGUUCCCAAUGGAGAUUGAGCUCAAGGACAUGAAGAUGAGACAGAGCAGGAAAUAUAGGGCAAUGAAGUUUCCAGCACCGGACGGCAGCGGCCCAUCCGGAAAUGUCAAAGGUGAAAACGGGAGAAGACCAGGCAAGACCUGGAGGUUGCUUAAUGUUCUAGGGUGUAAACGACCAUGUUAUGAUCAUUAA